UUGCCUCAGUGUUCACUCACAAACUAGUCUAAAUCUAUUCUAAGCCAUAGAAGUCACCAAAGCUUUGGGACUUCUCCUGUGUUGCUAAAAAUAUGGCCAAUCUUUGGCCUCACCUUGUCUAUGCAUUGGCACUAAUCUUAUUAGCUACCAAUGUAGCUGCCGAUGAUCACAAGCCUUACAUUUAUGCUUCUCCACCUCCACCACCUUACGUUUAUACAUCUCCUCCACCACCUCCUUACAUUUACAAAUCACCACCACCACCUCCACACCACGAAUCACCACCUCCUUACUAUUAUAAAUCACCACCACCACCUCCACACCACGAAUCAUCACCUCCUUACUACUAUAAAUCACCACCACCACCUCCACAUCACGAAUCACCACCUCCUUACUACUAUAAAUCACCACCACCACCACCUCCACAUCACAAAUCACCACCUCCUUACUACUAUAAAUCACCACCACCACCUUCACCAUCACCUCCUCCACCUUACGUUUACAAGUCCCCACCCCCUCCAUCUCCAUCUCCACCUCCUCCUUACGUCUACAAGUCUCCACCUCCCCCAUCACCGUCCCCACCUCCUCCAUAUGUUUACAAGUCACCACCACCACCAUCACCCUCACCUCCUCCUCCUUAUGUCUACAAGUCACCACCUCCCCCAUCUCCUUCACCUCCUCCUCCUUACAUCUACAAGUCACCACCACCCCCGUCACCCUCACCACCUCCUCCCUAUGUUUACAAGUCCCCACCACCCCCAUCUCCAUCACCCCCACCUCCUUAUGUCUACAAAUCUCCCCCACCCCCAUCUCCAUCACCACCUCCUCCAUACGUUUACAAGUCACCACCUCCUCCAUCUCCUUCACCUCCUCCUCCUUACGUUUAUAAGUCACCUCCACCACCUUCCCCAUCACCUCCUCCUCCUUACAUUUACAAGUCGCCUCCACCACCAUCCCCACCACCACCACAUCCCUACUACUACAAAUCUCCACCACCUCCCACUGGUUACUAGUUAAAGUAUACUGGCCAGAGGUUUACAUUAUAAUUUGUUAAAAAGCAAUAAUUGCUGUUGAAGUAAUCAGAUACUGUCGUCGGAUUUGGUUUAUUAUUAUGUACUUUUGUUCGGUGUCAAUCAAGGCGACCCGGUUGAGACAAGUGGGAAUAAAAGCAAAGGCUGACGUCGAUGGACAUUGUCGCUUUGGCAUGUUCUUAUGCAAAAAUAUUUAUAUAAUUUUAUUGUAAUGAGCUACUAAUAGUAUAAGUUUGUGAUUUCUUUAAUUGGACACGAGUUCCAUGCGUGCACGUAUGAAUAAUAAUGUCUCUUGUAAUUCUUUUUCUAUAAUUGGAUCACAUUCUUCCAUUCCA